AUAUAAACAGGAAUAGUAAUCAAAAGCAACGAAAAAUGCAAACUUCUUUCAUAUUAACGCUACUCAUAGUUGUAGUUGUACUGAUUAUUUGGUUUUUAUAUAUCUGGCUUAAUCAGACUGCAGCAAGCUUUAACAAAAAUCCGACUAAUAGACAAAUUAACAGUAUCACAAAUGGACCGAUAAAUAGUUUUGAUUCAGCAAACUUUAAUUUACCAGUUGAAACGAUAAUCAAAAGUUUAGAUAUAUAUGACGAAGCACCAUUUUCACCUUGUGGAAUUAAAGUCAAUGGCGAUAUGCUCAACACUUCUCCAAUUCUUACGCCUCAAAAUCAACUCGAGUACUUGCUACCCAAUUCAAGUGGUGAAAUUGUAAUGCCCCAUGGCCAGUGGGUGAAUUUGCGCUGCGGUGAUGCAUUCGCAAAACCGUUCGACGGACAAACUCUGAAGGCACAAUGUGCCGGCGAUAAAAAUUUUCUUAUAAACAAUCAAAUGGUCAAUUUCUCAAAUAUCAAUUGCACUUCUAUGUCAACGCCAACGCCAAUGAGAACGGGACUUCCGUGCAGCGGAGGCACCCAAUGGCUCCAUUUCGGCAAUAAAUUCAAUGAGUCAUUACUACCGACAAUGCAAGUGUGUUUUGACGAAAUUCGCCAAACAACUUCUUACGUUGAACACACCAUUACUCCUGCAAGUAUUCACUACAAACAUGACGUGCCGCGUAAAAACUUCACUUCCGGCGAUUUCUUUGGUGGUAGAAACAUUGACCCUCUUUACAAACGGCCCAAACAAAUUAAGGCACUCAGUCGUAUACUUGGAAAGGAUUCUUCGAUUUACGUGACAGCCCAAAAUUAUCUGUCCCGUGGCCACUUGGUUGCCAAAGCUGACUUGAUAUUCAGUGGCCAACAAAAGUCUACUUUUCAUUAUGUGAAUGUAGUGCCACAAUGGCAGUCCUUCAAUGCCGGUAACUGGUCGCGCAUUGAGGAUGGAGUCCGUCAGUUCGCUCAUGACAAUAAUAGUACCCUACUCUGCUGGACUGGUACCUGGGGUGUUUGCACUUUGCCAGACGUUAACAAUAUACAACAGGAGUUAUAUCUAAAGAACGAUAAGCAAGACAAUAAUGUCGUACCAGUGCCGAAACUAUUUUACCGUAUUGUUAUCGAUGCUGAGUCCCGUAAAGGUAUCACGUUCGUUGGGGUGAAUAACCCUUAUCUGACGAUUGAAGAACUGACAACCGGAGGAUAUCUGAUUGCAGAGGAUGUCUCAGGCAAUAUUGAUUGGAUUGCCUGGGACAGGCAAAAUAUCGAGAAGGGUUACUGUUAUGCCUGUUCAGUACCAAACUUCGUAGCAAAUGUUAAAGAUUUGCCGUUGGUUAAGUUAGAGACGACAGGAGUUUUAGGUUUGAAGGAAUUGUCAAUGACUUUUCUCGCCAAAAUCUUACAGGUGAAGUGCAUUCUUUUAAUGCAAACGAAAGAUCAGAGAAUUGAGAAAACAUAUCAAAAUUCUCUACCGUUAACGGAAAUUGAUCGUGCUGCGUUGAAAGUGUAUAACAGUGGCAACAUGAGCAUGUGCGUACGCGCCACAACAACGGUGAAAACGCCAACAGCAAUAAAACAGCUGAUGCGUUCAGCUUUAAAUAUUUUUACCUUGUGCAGUGUUUUCGUCAGUGUUGUUGCCAGAGAAGCGGUGAAACCACCUGAUGACGUCGCUACUGAGCUGAAGCGUGUUGGAACAGGUGUCAUAGCGUCGGAAAACACGUCCACACACAGCGGUCUGCCAUGCAGCAUUGAUACGCAAUAUGAUUUGCCAAAGCCGAACCUACCGCAGCCGCUGUAUGUCCGUCCAAACUCAACAGAGUACUGGCUGCCAAACAACGACGGUUUCAUCGAGGUACCACAAGGCGCCAGCAUAGAGUUGAUUUGCACCGCACCUUUCGCAAAUGCCACCACAAAUACUGCGGGUAUAUCGCGCAGGAAGCGUUCCAUCCGCCCGCGCUGCUUACAAGGCACCACAUUCACACUGAACGGCGAAAAGUACGAAUUUCGGCAAUUUCUCUGUACGCAGCCGGUGAAAUACACUGUCGAGCGCACAGCGCAGACCUGCGCCAACAACAGCGCUCAGCUGUAUCGCGUUGGCUACAAUUUGACGAGGACACAUUUCUUGGAAACCAUGCAGGUUUGUCACGACGACGACGAACUGCGCACGCAUUAUGUGCGUUACACGCUCCAGCCGGCAAACCAAUACUAUCAGCCCGGCGUAAAGCGUUUAAGCUUCUCGAAAGCUAGGCAUUUCACGCAAUACGACAUGAAUUACUUCUACUCUCAGAAGAAUCAGCAACAACAGGCUGCACAGUUGUUGGGCAGCGAAGCGCAUGCGCGAACCUGUUUCGAUAAGAAGUCGCUCUUUCUAUCGCGCGGUCAUCUGGCUGCCAAAGCCGAUAUGAUCUACGCCACACAGCAACGCACCACAUACACUUUCUUCAAUGCGGCACCCCAGUGGCAGUCGUUCAAUGGCGGACAAUGGGCCACAUUGGAGGAGCGCGUGCGCGCCUCUGUCCAAAAAUUUAAGCACACGGUGACCUGCUAUACCGGCACAGUGGGCGUAAUGCAACUGAGAACGGUCAGCGGCAAUAUGUCUCGUCCUUACUACUUGUCGUACGAUAACAAUAACAACGGUUUGUUGCCGGUACCGGCUCUGUACUUUCGCAUCAUUGUGUCUGCAGAUGGACGUGCUGGCAUCGUGAUGCUGGGCACUAACGACCCAUUUGCCACAAUGCGCGAAAUUCGCGAGGAAUAUGUGAAAUGUACGGAUGUGCGCGAGCAAGUGCCUUGGCUUAAAUGGAUGCGCAAUAGUGAAGAGACCUUAAAGAGUGGAUACUUGUAUGCAUGCAGAGUGGAUGAGUUCAUAAAAGUGGUGCCGAUUCUGACGGCGGAGCUCGCUGAUGUGGCUGAGUUGUUGAUACAAAGUUAACGGGGGCUGAGGUGCUGAAUGUGACGGGCCUAUAUGAAAGGCCUGCUGCUUGUUCCCCCACUACUGAGUCUCUUUGACGAAUACAAUCCUCACAAGAAUCAGCUGUUCCAAUUUUAGUGAU